GUGUGGUGCUGUAGAAUGAACGUCACGAGGGAGCGUCCUCGUCAUUUAGGAUGGAAAGUUUUGUAGGUAAAGGAAACAAAAAUACAUAGCCGUAGCUUUCAUCUUACCCUUGGCGUACUGGUUUAUUCUGUGCUGCGUUUUGAACUUGGUUUUGGAAAUCGUAACAAUAAAGGACGAACAUGUUGGCUUGGCGUCUCCACCCAAACCUUGCAGCGUCGAGCUCCUUUUUCUCUUCGUCAGGUAGCGCAAGCCGGAACGGGUUACAUGAUCCAACAACUGGAGGACCACAGGAGACCGCUGCUUCACUUUUUCAGCCACCCAUUCAUCUUCACCCGCAUCAGCCUGCCAGUACUACCAGAAGUUCGAUAUCACAAGCGAAAAGUACUAGCGGUGGAGUGCUAGCAGCACCAGGAGCCUCGUCCACCACCUCCUGGCUCGCCGCUGCAACAGCGCGGACGAAGAAGCUUUUUUCUUCCUUUGUGGACGAUGAGGAGGACGACGAUGACGACGCGAACCCCGAUUUGGGGGACACCAUGGACGCGCCCACACCGAGUCUCGCCCCGGGGGAAGACAUUUCGGAAGCCACGGAUCCGUACAAUGGCCCGGCGAUGCAGGAGGUAUUCUAUUGUGAAUAGGGCUUUCUAAUUGCAUGAUCAUGAAGAUGCUAGAUUAGCACUUCUUUUACAAAUUCCGCUGGAGGACGAGCUGCGAUGAUAUUGAGGCUGUGCAUCCUACAUACAAUAACAGAUCCAGAUGAAAAUAUGUGGUAUCUAUUAUACGUACACUCAUGGAAAGAACAUUUCAAAUAUUGCAACAGCGACUAGUAGCACCUCCAUGUUGCAUCAUCAGCGUCUUACAAAUAGUACAAGCGCACCACAACUCACCAUGAUGCUCCCAGGUCCACGGUCACAGCUCUCCAUCGCUCGAAAGCAUGAACGAGCUCGCGAUCGUGCUUGCUGGUGGUGCCGCGGGAAUGAGCAAGCUUUUGGAAGGGGAUUCGACCUCCAAAUCGUCCUCGCGAGAGGGCCGGUGUGGUGAAACGUUCGGCAUCUUCAUGCGACCACAUUCACGAACAUCGAACACAAGGCGCGCAACAGGUAAUCAGGAAGGGGAGCAGGCGAUCGAUGUACUGUGCGUGUCAACUUCGCCGGACGAGCAGAAGUGUUUGCGAGAGCGAAUCGGAUUCUUCUAGGAUGACACGCUGACCAGCGACCACCCCCCCUGCCUGGGUGGCGCCUCAGAAGGAGCCGCGACACGCAUACGCUGACCCCCCGGAAGCUGUGCUGCUGCUGCGUGGGAGGUUGAUGAUAUAAUACGGAACCUCAGCCUCUUUUUGAUAUUUGUUUCGAACAACUUGUUGGUUGUAUUUUGCGAAUCAGACCACAGUUCUUCUUCUUUUACAGAUUCUGAACUUUGAAAUAUAGUGAGAAUUUUGCGCAGCAUCAAGAGCAACAAGAUAAAAUCUUAAUCUACUUCCCGCCUGAAUUACGCGUUGGAGUAAUAUAGGCCGGAGCUGUUGUGAUGUCAUUUUCAUUUCGGAUUUUUUUUCUUGUGUUUCAGUUUCUAAGAAAAAUCGACGGCCCUGGUGCGGGACCGAGCUCCGCAGGUUCUGCGGAGCCAUGACCAGCCUUGUCUGCGAC